CCACUAGUCCUGAGUUUGAGCCUUCUGUCUCUAGGUGACAACUCCUUUCCUCCCUGCUUCCUGCUGCCCCAGGCAAGCCAGUGAAGGCACUGGGGCUUCUCCCCAGAUGGAUGGCUUUAACCAACCAGUCUGCCCCCUUUGGGGGAGGGCAGUGGGAGAUGCAGCCCAGGACAGUCAGGUGCCGGUCCUGUGGAUGCUCUGUUCUCCCGGAUCUUCGGCCCUGCCGACGAUGGCCUCCAAAUUAAGGAAACCCCAUGGUCCUGUCCAUUUUGUCCCAGCCAGGAGAGUCAGGGGGCAGCAGAGACUGAGGGGCUGAGAGCAAAGGGCAGGGCCUCUGCAAGCAUUGAGAGUGCAUCUCCUCCGCCCGCCCGGCCCUUCCGUUGGGUCAGACCAGACAGAAGGCCCUUUUGCCCAGGGUUUCAGCCUAUGUAGAAAACUGCUAUUUGAGGACAGUGCCAGUAGGAGCUGGCUGCUCCCAUCUGGAAGAGGCGAUGCUGCCGCCUGCCCCACCAGCCUUUGGCCUGAGCUGCCCUGCACAUGGGCACCAGCUCUGGAUCCCUCCUCUGCUCCUCACUACCUUAUGACCUUGGCCUGGGAAGGAAGCUUGACAAGGCAGCAGUGACCAUGGCGUCGGAGGAUAUUGCCAAGCUCGCCGAAAGCCUGGCCAGGACCCAGGUGGGCGGAGGACAGCUCAGCUUCAAAGGCAAAAGCCUCAAACUCAACACAGCAGAAGAUGCUCAGGAGGUGAUUAAAGAAAUAGAGGCGUUUGAUGGCCUGGAGGCCCUGCGAUUUGAAGGCAACACGGUGGGCGUGGAGGCGGCCAGAGUCAUUGCCAAGGCCCUGGAGAAGAAAUCGGAGCUGAAGCGAUGCCACUGGAGCGACAUGUUCACUGGGAGGCUGAGGUCGGAGAUCCCUCCUGCCCUGAUCUCCCUGGGGGAUGCCCUCAUCACAGCUGGGGCACAGUUGGUGGAGCUGGACCUGAGCGACAAUGCCUUUGGGCCCGACGGCGUGCGGGGCUUCGAGGCCCUGCUCAAGAGCUCGGCUUGUUUCACGCUGCAGGAACUAAAGCUUAACAACUGUGGCCUGGGCAUUGGUGGUGGCAAGAUCUUGGCGUCGGCUCUGACUGAGUGCCACCGGAAAUCCAGUGCCCAGGGCAAACCACUCGCCCUGAAGGUGUUUGUGGCCGGCAGAAAUCGCCUGGAGAACGACGGCGCCAUGGCCUUGGCUGAAGCGUUUGGGAGCAUCGGGACCCUGGAGGAAAUCCACAUGCCUCAGAAUGGGAUCAACCACCCCGGAGUGACGGCACUCGCCCAGGCCUUCGCUGGCAACUCCCUGCUGCGAGUCAUCAACCUGAACGACAACACUUUCACAGAGAAGGGGGCGGUGGCCAUGGCCGAGACCCUGAAGAUCCUGAGGCAGGUGGAGGUGAUCAAUUUUGGGGACUGCCUGGUGCGUUCCCGAGGGGCUCUGGCCAUCGCCGAAGCCGUGAAGGAGGGGCUGCACAGGCUGAAGGAGCUCAACUUGUCCUUCUGUGAAAUCAAACGGGAUGCCGCCCUGGCGAUUGCAGAGGCCGUCGAGGACAAAUCAGACCUGGAAAAAUUGGAUCUCAAUGGGAACGCCUUGGGAGAGGAAGGCUGCGAGCAGCUUCAGGAGAUCCUGGAAGGCUUCAGCAUGGCCCACACGCUGGCCUCGCUCAGUGACGACGAAGGGGAUGAUGAGGAAGAAGAGGAUGAUGAAGAGGAGGAAGAGGAGGAGGAGGAGGAGGAAGAAGAAGAAGAGGAAGAGGAGGAAGAGGAGGAGGAGGAGCUUCAGCGGGGUCAAGGAGAAGAAGUGACCACCCCCUCUAAGAAGAUCCUGGAUACACACGUCGGGGAACCCGCUUCAGUCCUGUGUUCUCCGUCUGACGUCUCCACGUUCCUUGCUUUCCCGUCUCCAGAAAAGCUUUUGCGUCUUGGGCCCAAAAGCUCAUUGUUGAUAGCCCAGCAGACGGACACAUCUGAUCCAGAGAAAGUGGUUCUAGCUUUCCUGAAGGUCUCUUCUGUGUUCAAGGACGAAUUGGGAGUGAAGACGGCUGUUCAGGAGGCAGUGGAUGCCCUGAUGAAGAAAGCCCUAAGUUCAGCCUCCUUCAACUCCAAUGCGUUCAUCACAAGGCUCUUAAUACACAUGGGGCUGCUCAAGAGUGAAGACAAGAUCAAGGCGAUCCCCAAUCUCUACGGCCCCCUGAUGGCUCUCAACCACAUGGCCCAGCAGGAUUACUUCCCCAAGACCCUGACACCCGUGCUCCUGGCCUUUGUGACCAAGCCCAACCGGGCUCUGGAGUCCUGCUCCUUCGCCCGCCACAACCUCCUGCAAACCCUCCACCACGUCUAGCUGCUGAGAGGCCGGCCUCUGCUGUCGUCCCCCCUCGAACUUUAUGACCCGAGAGCCUCCGCCCAGGCCCCAGAGGACGAGUGUGUGUGUGUGUCCACCAUCACUUCCACUGAAGAAACCUUUCCUUGCCUUCCACCCUGGGAAGCCGCGGGAGGCCGCUCUUGGCCAGCAUCUGUCCUCCCUGCGGACCCCGCUCCCGGCCCCCGGCUGCACGGGGUUUUUAACGUCUCUGCUUUUUUGGAUCAGUCUCAGGAGCCGGCCUCGGACACUUCCAUCCUGCCUGCUCAUGGAAAAGGACGGUGGCCCCUCAUUAAACUCUGUUCCCUCCCUCAUGCUGCCCUGCCUGGAUCCCCCCUGGCCAUCGCCAUGUGUUGCAGGGGGGCAGCCCGGCAUCCCCGCUGGCUUGGGGAGCUCCUCGGCUGCUGCUGCCGCUCAGGAUCUCUGGGAGGGGGAGCGGCCUUGUCUGCCCCCCAGGCUCUGCUCCCUGCCAAGGCCAAGGCGCAUAGCUGGGGGGGGGGAGGCCGCUUAGUGCCCCUCCAGCGAGUCAGUGCUCACACACCAGCUCUCUCUGGGGGAAAGGGAGCUGGGGUCCCGUGUCCUCCUGGGGCCUGAGUUCAGCCUGCAAGCGAGGAGCCCCGCCCCGCCUUGGCCAAGAGCCUCCUUUGGUAGGGGCUUCUUCCAUCUCUUCCCCCUCCCCUGUGGAAGGCUAGAGAAAGGCAGUCCCUGUGUUGGAGCCGGACCUGGCUGCUGUGAUUGUGGCGAAGAAGGGUUAGCUGGGAGGUGGUAGGGGGCCGGGGCCAUGGAUUCUGAGCUGACCCCGGGUCCCCUUGGCUCGUAGCUCUUGCCUUACUGUGUUGGGGCCCGCCGCUCUGCUCCCGGCCAGCCCGGGCUUCCUGAAGGGACCAAAAUACUGAGGACUGAGCUUGGGAUACCCUUCUUCCCUUCACCAUAACUUGUGCUCAUCUUUGGCUGUGAAAGGGGGUCCUGGGAACAAGGCGUGGCAUCCCGAGGAGGUCUGUGAGAAGUUGCCCUUGGCCCGUCUAUGGUGAUGGGCUGCUGCCCAGGCGGCAUGGGGCCCAUCUGGCUCUCGCCUGGACCUGUGGCCCCCUGAACACUAGCAAAGGCUAGGAGCAGAUUAUCCUCUGGCUUCCCCGGCCUGGGCCCAGCUUUAGCUAGUGUCUAUAGAACCGUGGGUGUGCUAGAGGGGACUGGGGUGGCUAUCCAACAGGAAAGGCGCCCCACGGCAGGAGGGCACCACCUGGGAUGGGGCCAGCCGGAGUGGGCAAGGUUAGGAAAUGCUGGUCCCGGGCCGGAGAGCUUACAGCUGCCCAGCUGUAGGGGCUCAGGCACAGCCUCACCCCCAGGGCGCCCAGGGCCCCGCAGGCCCACCCUCAUCUGUGUUGGUACUUGUGCUGAUGUGUAACGUCCUGCUCGGGCCGGGGCUUGGGGUAGCCUGAGAAUAAAGCGUGUGUUGCA